CCAAUAAAAACAGGUAUCAGGCAAAAGGGGAGGCAAUGAUGGCGCUGGCCUUCUGAAGCGGGGAAGGGGCGAAGCAGGGAAGGCGCGAGCAGGCGAAGGAGUGACUGAGUGGCAGCGGUGGCGGCCGUCGGGGUUCUUUUUGGCGGCGGUUUAAGGUUAUUUGGAGUGUUGCCUGAUGUGAAAAAUGGGAGAAAUAGAAGGCACUUACAGAGUAUUGCAAACUCCAGGAUCUCGUUUGGGAAUGCAGAAAAAUUCUGGAGUGAGUACUCUGGAACCAGGACAGAAUAUUUCUUCUGCCAUGGUCUCAACAUCUCCUAGAACAUAUGAAAGAUCUAUACAAAUCAAAGUCAAGCUUUUGGAUAACACUCAGGAAGUACUUGAUAUUGAGUCAAAAUGUUAUGGCCAGAAACUACUGACAGAGAUAUUUAAUCGUCUGAAUUUGAUUGAAUCUGACUAUUUUGGAAUUGAGUUCCAAAACAUGCAAUCAUAUUGGAUUUGGUUGGAGCCAAUGAAACCUAUUGUGAAACAAAUAAGAAGACCAAAGAACACAGUGCUUCGUCUAGCUGUAAAGUUCUUUCCUCCAGAUCCUGGCCAAUUGCAAGAGGAAUACACCAGAUAUCUGUUUGCACUGCAAAUGAAGAGAGAUCUGGCAGAGGAACACCUUACCUGCAAUGACAAUACAGCAGCACUCCUCAUAUCUCAUCUUCUACAAUCGGAAAUUGGAGAUUUUGAUGAAUCAGGAGAUCACGAGCAUCUUAAAAACAACCAAUACUUUCCCAACCAAGAAAGACUUCAAGAAAAAAUACUUGCAUUUCACAGGAAGCAUGUGGGUGAAACUCCUGCCGAAUCAGACUUCCAGGUGCUUGAAAUAGCUCGGAAACUGGAGAUGUACGGCAUGAGAUUUCACUUGGCAUCUGAUCGUGAAGGGACAAAAAUUAAUCUGGCUGUUUCAAACAUGGGUGUAUUGGUUUUCCAGGGCAAUAUAAAAAUCAAUACUUUCAACUGGUCCAAAAUCCGAAAAAUAAGCUUCAAGAGAAAACGAUUUCUUAUCAAGCUUCAUCCAGAAGUUCACGGUCCAUAUCAGGAUACUUUGGAAUUUCUUUUGGGAGGUAGAGAUGAGUGCAAGAACCUCUGGAAGAUAUGUGUUGAAUAUCAUACAUUCUUUAGGUUAUCUGAUCAACCAAAAGCAAAACCAAAACCAGUCUUCUUCAGCAGAGGAUCAUCUUUCAGAUACAGUGGGCGAACACAAAAACAAUUGGUGGAUUAUGUUAGAGAGAGUGGGUUGAAGAAAAUUCCUUAUGAAAGGAGGCAUAGCAAAACUAGAAUGUCUGCUCACACCUCGAGUCCUGAUGCACCCAAACAGAGUGUCUCAUUUACAGAAGGGUUAAGAAUCCCAGCAUCUAGUGCAUGCACAUAUGCCUCCUUCCAUAUGGAUAAUUUAUUGUCUUCAAACAUUGCCAGCUUGUCUUCCUUGACAGAAAGCAAUUCUUUCUUUUUGGAACCCAGAAUGUCACAUGGAGGGAGCUUGUCAGCAGAAGGAAAUAGUGUAAUAUCAGAAGAAACUGGGAACAAAGUGGUACAACAGCCUGGAUCACCAAACCUCCAGUCAUUCCAAGGUCCUCAACUAUCUUCUUUUAAAGUGAAGAGUCCCGUGUCCAUGAGUCCCCCAUUACAGGAAACUGUGAGCCAGGGCUCAUCUCCUGUGCUGAGUCCUGUCCUGAGUGAUGUUAGUGAAGCCAGGUUUGAAGAGGAUGAAAUGAGACAUAAAAAAUGCCCUACAGACAAAGCAUAUUUCAUUGCAAAGGAAAUCCUUGCUACUGAACGAACAUACCUAAAAGACCUGGAAGUUCUAACUCUAUGGUUCCGCAGUGCAAUUGUCAAGGAGAAUGCAAUGCCUGAAGGUCUCAUGACCUUAUUCUUCUCCAAUAUAGAUCCUAUCUAUGAGUUUCACAGAGGCUUUUUGAAAGAGCUUGAGCAAAGACUAGCACUCUGGGAAGGACGAUCAAGUUCAGAUAAAGGAGAUUGUCAGCGGAUUGGUGAUGUCAUGUUGAGAAAUGUGCAAAUAUUGAAGGAAUUUAUCAACUAUCUGCAAAAACAUGAUGAAGUCUUGAUGGAGCUUGAGAAAGCAACCAAACGUAUUAAGAAACUGGAAAUAGUUUAUAAGGAAUUUGAACUCCAAAGAGUUUGCUAUUUACCCCUUAACACUUUCUUGCUUAAGCCUAUCCACCGGAUAAUGUACUACAAGCUGAUCUUGGGAAGACUUUGUAAACACUAUCCAGCAGAUCAUCGAGACUACACUGACUGCAAGAAUGCACUGAAGGAAAUCGCAGAAAUGACAUCACAACUUCAAAGCAGUUUGAUCCGGUUGGAGAAUUUUCAGAAGCUAAUAGAGCUGCAGCAUGAUCUUCUUGGCACUGAUAAUCUCAUAGCACCUGGAAGGGAAUUUAUUCGAGAGGGUUGUUUGUACAAACUUACCAAAAAGGGCUUACAGCAAAGGAUGUUCUUUCUGUUUUCAGAUACAUUGCUGUAUACAAGUAAAGGCGUAACAGGGACCAAUCAGUUCAAAAUACGAGGACAUCUUCCUCUGCAUGGGAUGCUGGUGGAAGAGAGUGAAAAUGAAUGGUCUGUCCCUCAUUGCUUCACAAUCUAUUCAGCUCAAAAAACUGUAGUAGUGGCAGCAAGCACUCAUCUGGAAAUGGGAAAAUGGUUGGAGGACUUGAAUAUGGCAAUUGAAAUGGCCAAGAAAACUGUUGAGAAAUCGGGCAUGUUCCUUGAAAAUUCUCUAUCCAACCGUUCUAACAGAUCCUCAGAUGAGGUUUCUCUAGAGCAGGAGUCCGAAGAGGACAUUCAUUCUUCUCGUAGCUCCCUGGACAGGCAGAGCCACCACCGUGCCAACACUACCAUACAUGUUUGCUGGUACCGCAAUACCAGUGUCUCCAUGACUGAUCACAGUGUGGCUGUCGAGAACCAGCUAUCAGGGUAUCUGCUGAGGAAGUUCAAAAAUAGUAAUGGUUGGCAGAAGCUAUGGGUUGUUUUUACAAAUUUCUGUCUGUUCUUUUACAAAACACACCAGGAUGAUUAUCCACUGGCAAGUUUACCACUUAUUGGUUACACAAUCAACAUGCCCACAGAGGCAGAUGGCAUUCAGAAAGAUUAUGUCUUCAAACUGCAGUUUAAAUCUCAUGUCUACUUCUUCAGGGCAGAGAGCAAGUAUACCUUUGAAAGGUGGGUGGAAGUAAUAAAGAGAGCCACAGGUUCUCCUGGAAGAUCCAGCCUUCUGACCACAAAGGAUGAAAAGGAAAGUAACACAAACUGAAAAAAGGUAGAGCUGGCUCUCUGUUGUAAAUUAUAUGCAACAAUCUGGUGGAAGACAGGAGUCUGACUUUGGCAACAAUCAAAGGAGAAGACUUCUGUUAUUUACUGUAGACCGUGAUCAAUUUUACUGUAGUAUGAAACAUGGACUAAACUCCCACUGGACUCAAAUCCAAAGAGAAAACAUGGGUGCUGGAUUUAUAUAUGGCUCAAUGUUAUUGUUUCUAUUUAUAAGAACAGAAUAAUUGGAAGUGUUUGGUUGGUUGGAAAUCUUGUGAUUUUAAAUUGAUUUCCUAAAACUCUUGAAUAGUUUGUAUUUAGUAAUAAUCUUUGUGCAACAUGCACACCAGAUAGGCACCCCCAUCUUGCAAGCCAUCGUUACAUUGUUUAUAUGGUAUUUCAACUUGCAGUAAAAUGGAGAGUUCUGAAAAUUGCCAGCAACAUAAAUUUUCAUUUUGCAAAACUGAUAUGAUGCUUUUCUUUUUGUAGAGGAAGUAAGCGAAUUGACUGGAAAUUUUGCUCAGAGCGUGCAGUUAAUUCUGAUACAAAGGAAAUCAUGUCUGUAGCACUGCAGUUAAUAUUUUGAGUUCCCUAUGUCUGGAUAUUGUUCUCACUGGUUUCCUAUACCUUUGUGUUUCUCAUGCCUUUUGAAUAAUAUUGCUCUAUUUUCUUUCUCUCCGAGUUAUAAAUAUGGACACAACCUGGUGGAAUAGAAAAGUCAGUUUAAAAAAACAGCCUGUUCCCUUUGCAGCAGAAAUAAAUAUCUGCCAGUUCAUGUCUGAACAAAAUCAAUCAAUUUAAAAAAAUAAAUUUGAAGCUGGGUGUUUGACCAUUAAUUAUGGAAAAAUAAUAAGGUACUAAUGAAUUUGUAUUCAAAGGAAUACAUAAAUGCCAAGGAUUUACAAUGUAAAACUGGAACAGGCAUAACUUCAAAUGUACGGUAUAUAUUCUGUUAUUAUGAUGGUUCAUCUAAUUUAGAUACACAGGUACAAGUCAGAAAUAACAGAUAUCCCAUUCACAGUUGUCUCCUGUAACUUAGUGAAGUUCUCCUAUGCCAUGAAGUCAAAGUUGAUGUGUCUGUCUAUACGGUAUAUUUCAAGGAAGAUGAAAAAACUACCCUGGCAAGAAGGCUCCAUGCCAUGGUAGCGCAGUGGUUAGAGUGCAGUACUGCAGGCUAACUCGCUGCUCACUCCAGUUCGAUUCUGAAUGGCUCAAGGUUGACUCAGCCUUCCAUCUUUCCAAGGUCGGUAAAAUGAGGACCCAGGUUGUUGGGGAAAAUAUGAUGACUCUGUAAACUGCUUAGAAAGGUCUGUAAAUCACAAUGAAGCAGUAUAUAAGUCUAAGUGUUAUUGCUAUUGCUAUUCUUACAUGGCACAGAGCCUCAUAUUGUCUUUGGGUAGCAGUGGAAAGUAGCUGUAGAGGGCUGGUGUUAAUACACCUCUAUUUCUGUUAGAUUGAGCAACAGUGUGGUGAUGGGUGAUGUACUGUAGGGGAAACAGUGUGGGGUGAAAUGUUAUCUUAAAUUUUGUAUUUUGGUAUGUGAGAGGCUGAAAAUAAGACGACAAAAAUUCUGAUUCAGUUCAUUACUCAUGGAAUUGAUUCAAAAACUAUAUAAAAUUAGGGUUUCUUUCCUACGAAGGGCAAAGGGAAAAUUCUGAAAUCUUUCUUGAUGAAGAGCAAAUUCCUAAAGAUGGCUAUUCAUUGUAUCUUCUGUCUUUAUUUAUUAGUCUGUUCUGGGAAAUAAACUAUUAUAGAUCUCUUAAAUGUGUUUCACUUGUAAUCAAUCAUGCAUAAACUGGGCUUUUUAAUGGUUGAUAGGAUUUCAUGAAUAACACGUGGCAACAGCAACUCCUUUGGGGGGGCAGAGGUUGUUGGAUUUUUAUUUAUUAAGAAAACUCAUCAAAGUAUAUUAGCUCUUUCAAAUUCACCAUAUACCCUAGUAAGUUUUAACAAGGAUUUACUGCUAGACAAGAUCAGGUCUUCUUCUCUCCCUGCUCUUUAUCCUAACCAUUCAAUAGAUUCAGAUUAAAAAGACAUAACUUUUUUUCCUGUGUUUGUGAAUAUCUGAUCCUAAGGUUUUUCUAACUGCAUAUAUGCUUGCAAGCUAUGAAACUGCUUUAACAUGCAUGUGCACCUUGGUGUUUAAAAUUAUGCUACUUUCUGUACGUCCCUUUAAAGAUAAGGGUAAAAAUGCAUUGUUUUCCCUCUGCCCUCAUUGACACCUGAGCUAUUAUCUGCAAUGAAUAGAAAAAUGUCUAUGGCACAGCCUCUUCUUGACUCUGGCAGAAUUUUGCAGAUUUUCCAUGUCGGAUGCUCCCUCCCCCCAAGAAAAAAAUAAAACCAGUCAUGUAAUAAUAUCCAAUCCUUUUUGAGUCUCUUUAAAUAUCAUUUGCUUUAUGUUGCUAAUAGGGUUACAACAUAUAGUUGUCUAUAAAAUCAGAUGACUAAUUCUUCUCACUUACCUAAGAUCAAGCUUUACCUCAGACUAAAAAAAAAAUAACCUAAGGAAAGUGUACAUUAAUUAGCAUCAACUUGAAACCCUGCAUUCAUUCCAUCAAACAAUACCAGUUAUCUUUGACUGGGGAGACCUAGAUUCAAGUCUACCCCAUGGCAUGGAAGUUCAGUGGGUGACAGAUCACUAACAUUCAGCCCAAACUACCAUAUUGGAUUGUUUGUGGAAAAAUUAGAUGAGCAGGUACUUAUCUUGAGCUUCUGGAAGAAAAGCAAAACGUAAAUCUAAUGAAUAAAGAAGCAAAGUCAAAACUUGUUUUACAAGUUAAUUUUAUUGGAAGUGGCAGAUCCCUUUUGCUGCUUAUUUGAAUAGCAAUAAUUAUUACUUUGAGUAUUGGAGUCAAUUUGGGAAGAUUUUGGCAAUACCGUGUGGAUUAGCAUAAAGUACCUUUUAUGAACAGCACAAAGUAGCAGCUUCUGUUCUCCAUUAGUAUACUUUUAUAUGUUGUGUAAAUAAUUCGGAGAAAUAAUGGUAAAGAAAUUGGAUUCAUAUUCUGAAUCCCAGAUAUUUCUUAAGAGCAUUAUGUUCCAGCAUAAUCUGCAUAUUACCAACCAACCAUUUUUCAGGGAGAAUAAACAGAACUGGAAGAUCUACCUCCACCCACAACUGUAAUUAUUAGGCAGUAACGUCUUUCUCAAGUCAUCCAGGGCACUAUCAGAUGUUACAGAAUUAGAAAAUGAUACUUGAAGACCUCCCACUUCCAUUUUUAAUACUGCUAUAGAUCUGCUAACUUCCUACUUAAGAGUUUCAAAUUGCUUAGAAAACGAUAGGAUACCUCCUAAAACUAUUCAG